GCGCAAAAUGGUAGACACGGAUUGUAAACAAAUCGCAGAACAUUAUAUCAGUUUAGUUUUUUUAAAAAAAACACGGUAUUAAUACUUUUUAUGCAAAUAUGUCUCAACGUAAAACGCAAAGAGCUAUCCCCGGUAAACUUCACAAAUCUCCCAUAAGGAUAGUUAAAAAUGCACAGUCCAUUGGUUUAGACAAAAACACCACAUUAGAAGGUUCCGCAAUCGAUAUCGUUUUGCCCGAAAAUGCUACUGCGAGUAAUACAACCAUAUCUCAGAGAAGAAAUAAUUUCAAUAAAGAUUCAUUUAAAGAAAAAUAUUACGCACUACAAAAAACUGUAAAUAAAUUAAGAGAUGAGAUAAAGUCUAAGAAAAAUAAAAUUGAAGAACUACAGCAAGAACUGGAAUCGAGAAACGAUCUUUUGAUCACAGCAAAGUCGGUACACGGUGCGUGCGAAGCAGAAAAGGAAAAGUUACGAAAAGCUUUAAAUGACAAAAUGUGUAAAUAUGAAAAUAGUAAUCUUCAGAAUAAGGAAAUAUUAACUUCUCACUCAAAAGAGAUUGAUAAUCUAAAGCAAUUACAUGCAGAUAUCAUUAUCACCUUAACCAAAAAACACGAAGGAAAUGUUAGAUGUUUGAAAUCUGAUUUGGAAAUUCAAUUUAAAAAGGAAAGAGAAAUACAUGCUCAAAUCGUAAAAAGCAAAGACGAAAAGAUUGACAAAUUAAAGUUUCAGAUGUCUACUUUCCUUAAAGAUAAUUCAGAGGAAAGACAGCAUCAAAUUGAUGAGCUUCUAAAGGAACUUAAACGUGUUUCUGACGAGGCGGAAUAUGUAAAGAAGGCGUUAAAAAAGUUGAAAUUUAACAACAAUCAAUGUCAGAAAUGUGCAUUUUAUGAGAAGAAAUGUAGCGAAAUUUCGACUGAGUUAUACGCGAAAAAUGAGACCUGUAAAAACCUAUAUCAAGUUUGUUCAAAGAUGGAAAGGCAAUUAACUCAUCAUGAAGAGUUAAGCAACCUGUGGGAAAAAGUUAAGAAAAGUCAAGAAAAUGCGUUAUAAAUUUAUUCUCUCAUUUCAGUUUAUUAUUAUUAUUACUAUGUACUUCAAUUUUAGCAGAAUUCUGGUCCUUAAAAUGCAAAUAAAGCUUGGGACUGCUUGGCAAUAUAUUUAUUUGGCACAAAAUCCGUUUAUGAUUGUAAAGAAUAUUAAAAAUAGCAUUUUAGUUGUUCAAAGAGUUACUGCUAUGA